AUGCCCAAGAGCCACAUGCGGAACCUGUGCUUGUGGCUGGCCGGGUCAGCGGGAGCCCUCAUCGUCGUGGGCUGCCCGUCGUCCCCAGGGCCGUGCUCCCGGGCCCCCGUGGUCCCCAGGGCCGUGAGGAGCUGGCAGUCGUCCCAGAACCUGGAGACCGCCCCUCCCGCCCUCCGGCUCCCUUCCUCGUCCGUCCGCAGCCCUCGUGCCAAGGGGCCGGGCUCGGCGCUGCCCACGCGGCGGGGUCCGGGGAACCUCCCAAGCCACACGGAGCGCCCCUCGGACAGCGCGCGACCCCUGGCGCCCCGCGGGCGUGGACAGCGGCAGAGAGCGCGGGCCCGGCGCAUGCGCAGGCCGGGGAGCGGGCGUCGGUUUCCCGCGCGCACCACUGCGCACGCGCUCUCUCGCGAGAGUUCGGCUCGCAGCCGGGGCGGAGCCAGGAACGCGCGCGAAAUUCGGCGGGCGCCGCGCCCCGCCCCUGCCGCCGCCACCGCCGUCGCCGCCGCUGUCCGCCUUGGUCCCGCCAUGGCUCAGCGCCGCCUCACCGACUUCUUCGCGCGCCGCCGGCCCGGGCCCCAGGCGCCGCUGCGUGCCAAGACGGCCUGCCGCACUCCGAGCCCCGCCAAGGCCUCGCCGCCGCCCGGCCCGCCCGGCCCGAGCGGCCGCAAGCGCGCACGCAGGGCCUCCGAGCUCGGCUGCGAUGACGCCGCGCCGCCCGCGCGCAGGAGGCUGCGGCUGCCGGCCGCGGUCCCCGGCCCCAGCUGCCCAGACCCGCCCUCCGCGGCGGAGGAGGUAAAGGAGGCGGCCCCCGGGGCGGCCCCGCCGGCCAGGGUCAGGAGGCCCAGGCGGGCAGGGGCCAGUGCCCAGGAGGCUGCCGGAGAGGCCAAGGACCCCGCGGAGCAGCCGGGUGUCGCCGAGGCGCCCGCCUAUCAGCGCUUCCAUGCCCUGGCCCAGCCCGGCAGCCCGGGCCUGGUGCUGCCCUACAAGUACCAGGUGCUGGCCGAGAUGUUCCGCAGCAUGGACACCAUCGUGGGCAUGCUGCACAACCGCUCCGAGACCGCGACCUUCGCCAAGGUGCAGCAGGGCGUCCAGGACAUGAUGCGCAAGCGCUUUGAGGAGCGCAACGUGGGCCAGAUCAAGGCCGUGUACCCGGGCAGCUACCGCUUCCGCCAGGAGCGCAAUGUCCCCACCUUCACCGACGGCGCCAAGAGGUCCCAGUACCAGCUCACCAUCGAGCCGCUGCUGGGGCAGGACGCUGGCCCAGCCCCUCCGCUCACGGCCACCUGCCUCCUGCAGCGGCGCCAGGUCUUCAGCCAGAACCUGCUGCGGCGCGUCCGGGAACACCACAAGGCCUUCCUCGCCUCCCUGAACCCUCCCCUGGCGGUGCCCGAGGAGCAGCUGAAGCGCUGGCACCCACGCUUCCGAGUGGACGAGGUGCCUGACAUCGAGCCGGCCGAGCUGCCCCAGCCGCCCACCGUGGAGAAGCUCACCACUGCCCAGGAGGUGCUGGCCCGCGCGCGCAGCCUGAUGUCGCCCAGGAUGGAGAGGGCCUUGAGUGACCUGGCCUUGCGCUCCAAGGAACCCGGUGGUCCUGAGUCCCCCAGCCCCGCACUGCCAGCCACGCCGCCGGCCACCCCACCUGCUGCUCCUCCCAGCGCCCUGAAAGGCGUGUCCCAGUCCCUGCUGGAACGGAUCCGAGCCAAGGAGGCGCAGAAGCAGCUGGCACAGAUGAUGCGGCGCCCAGAGCAGGAGCAGCGGCUGCAGCGCCUGGAGCGGCUGCCGGAGCUGGCCCGCGUGCUGCGCGGCGUGUUUGUGUCGGAGCGGAAGCCGGCACUCACCAUGCAGGUGGCCUGCGCCCGGCUGGUGGGCAGCUGCUGCGCUGCCACGAGCCCUGGGGAGAUGGAGAAGUGCGUGCUGCUGCUGUCCGAGCUGCUGCCCGACUGGCUCAGCCUCCACCGUGUCCGCACCGACACCUACAUCAAGCUGGACAAGGACGCCGACCUGGCUGGCAUCACUGCACGGCUGGCCCACCAGGCCCGUGUUGAGGCCGCGCUCUGAGCCACGUCUUCUGCCUGGCCACUUGGCCAGCACCAUGCCCUGUAGGACCGGCCGAGAUGAGCCGGGCCCCGUGGCCCCCAGUCGCCUCCAGCACUGCUGUGGUCUGGGCUGACAGCUGCACGGCCCCGGGCCCCUUGUGCACAGGAAGCUUCCGGAAGCUGGCACAAGUGGUGGAGACCCCGCCCCGUCGCACGGCCUCUGAGCUGACUUGUACAGAUGAACACUUAUUUAUAAUCCAGUAGACCUCAUUUUUAAUCGUUUAAAACUCUGGGUGC